GUAUUUUUUUAUCUAUCGAAGUAUGGACUAUUUACAUCUUUUACAUGGUGGCAAAUUAAUUUUAUUUCAAAUUUGUACCUGAUCGUAAUUAUUAACACUAGUUACUGUUAUAAUUGUUUUAAAUUUUUGUGUAUUGUUAUUAUUUUUUGUUAUAAGAAAAUGAGUACAUUUGAAAAAAUUAAAACAGUGUAUGUGUCUUCAGCUAUAAACAGCACACCAAAUUGCUUAGAUUGGGGUGUUAAUGGAUUGGUUAUUUAUGGUUCUUGUAACGCUAUUCAUUUAUAUGAUCCUCAAAUAACAAAUGAAUGUGACGGACGAAUUAUUUCUUCAUUUGUUGCACAUACAAAGCGUGUAAAUAGUGUUAAGUGGGUACAAAAUAUAGACAACUGUUGCCAACAAGACUUUGUUUCUUGUUCAACUGAUAAUACAGCUAUAUUGUGGGAAGAUAUUCUUCUUACAGGAUCUUAUAAAGCCUAUGAAAGACUAAUAGGACAUUCUGAUGUCGUUACAAUAAAUGAUGCCAUAAGACUUGCUAAUCAAACACUUAUUAUUGUAACUGCUGCUGGUGAUUGUACUGUUAAAGUUUGGAUUAAACACAAAAAUGAAAAUACAUCUCAAUGUGUUCAGACUAUUGAUUUUGAUAGUAUAUUAUGUUUGUCUCUAAAAAUUACAUUGUUACCCAACACAAAUUGUCUUCUAUUAGCAUGUGGUUUAUCAAAUAGCAAAAUACAGUUGUAUAUGAAUGAUUUUAGUAAUGGUGAUUCAGUGUUUGUUCCUAGCCAUUAUUUAAUAGGCCACGAAGAUUGGGUUCGUUCUUUAGAUUUUAUAUCUGAAGGUAAUUUAGGGAAUCUACUUCUAGCAAGUGGUUCUCAGGAUUCUGUAAUAAGAUUAUGGAGAUUUACAAUGGAAGAAAGUUAUAAUACUUGCAAAUCAAAUAAAGAAUUAGAUGAUACAUUAAAAUUAGAGAGUAAAACAUUUAAUGUGACUAAACAAGAUGGUUCUGACUGUAGUUAUGUGAUUCAAUCAGAAACUGUUAUAUCAGGGCAUGAUGGGUGGAUUUAUGGAGUGCACUGGAAACCUAAUUUUUGUACAGAGAAAAAAAUGGAGUUACUUUCAGUUUCUAUGGAUAAAACAUUGGCAGUUUGGGCCUAUGAUGAAAACAGCGGACUUUGGGUUGAUUUAAUAAGAUUAGGGGAAGUUGGCGGUAAUACAUUAGGGUUUUAUGGUGGGAAAUUUUCUCCUGAUGGCAAUAGUAUUUUAGCUCAGGGACACAAUGGAUCAUUUCAUCUAUGGACAAAAAAUAAUAAUGGCAGUUGGACUCCUGGAGUCACAAUUGGAGGUCAUUUUGGAUCCGUUGAGGAUAUUACUUGGGAUCCAGAAGGCAAAUAUAUUGUUUCUGUAAGUUCUGACCAAACUUCUAGAAUCCAUGCACAAUGGUUGAAAUCAAAACCAGUUGAAAAUGUACAUUCUUGCAAUUGGCAUGAAAUGGCACGACCUCAAGUUCAUGGAUAUAAUAUGUCUAGUGUUGCUAUGCUGUCGAGUUUAAGUUUUGUAUCUUCAGCUGAGGAAAAAGUUAUUAGAGCAUUUCAAGCACCUUACAACUUUUUAGAAAAUAUGAGUCAACUAUCUAAAAUUAAUUUUGACUCUGUCGAUAUCACAAAAUGUCCACUUGGUGCUUCUGUUCCAUCACUUGGGUUAUCAAAUAAAGCAGUGUCCGAAGAUGACUGUAAAAAUAAUACUAAUCAACCAAAAAAGAAAGAUUAUCCUGAACAUUAUUUUAUUCCUUUGUCUUUAAAUCAACCUCCUACUGAAGAAGAUUUAAUUCAAAAUACAUUAUGGCCUGAAAUUCAAAAACUUUAUGGUCAUGUUUAUGAAGUUUACUGUUUAGCAUCUUCGUCUAAUCAUAAAUGGUUAGCUUCAGCAGCAAAAGCAACAUCUUUAGAGCUGGCUUCUAUUAUAAUAUGGAAUACAGACAAUUUUCAACUGGUACAAAAGUUAGAAUCACAUAAUUUAACUGUGACUCAAUUGGCUUUUUCACCAGACAGUAAAAAUCUUCUCUCUGUUUCACGUGAUCGUACUUGGUCAUUAUUCGAAUAUGAUGUAAACACAAAUUUGUUUAUUAUCAAAAGUAAAUCAGAUAAACACACUGGUAUUCAUACAAGAAUAAUAUGGUGUUGUGCCUGGACUCAUGAUUCUAUAUACUUUGCAACUGGAUCCAGAGAUGGAAAAUUAGUAAUUUGGGGUCAAAAUGACCAAAGUGUUGACAGUAAAAUAACUUAUUGUGCCAAAACUAAUCCUUUAAUAGUAUCAGAAAAGAGUUUUACAGCUGUAGCCUUUGCUCCAACACUAAUUAGUGAAUGUAAAAAAACCUAUUUUUUGGCUGUUGGUGCUGAUUGUGGAAGUAUUAGUUUAUACAAAUGGAGUUUGGAAGAAAAAUCUGUUACACCUUGGCUUAAAAUUGCUGAUUUAAUCAAUGAAUUUGGACAUCAUUUAACAGUAAAAAGAAUUAAGUUUCAACCAUUACUGUGCAAGACUGAUUCAAGAUACAGAGAAGGUGUUCUACAAAUGGCAUCUUGUGGUGCAGACAUGAUGGUUAGAAUUUAUGAUAUAUUUUUAAAAGAUUUUCUUUAAUUGUAUUAUUAUGUAAAUUAAAUUAAUUUAACAGUUAAUCAAUUAUUGUUAUGUGUGUAUAUAUAUAUUAUGUAUGUCUCAAAUUAAUUAAAUAUUAAUAUACCAACUUUUUCAACAAAA